AUGGCCAUGUACAUGACACUUGGGGAAAUAUUACCCCAUAAUCGAUCCACUAUUGACCCUACACAACUUGUUUUGCUAUGCAGAGAGCAAGAUUUUAAGUAUUUUGGUCAGGACAAGGUGUUUUCCCGCCUUAUUGGUGACCUUAAAGACUUGGAGGAUUCAGGUUUUCAGCUAGAGGAUGGAAGCCACAUUAAAGCAUCACUACUUGCCAUAUGUGGUGACAAUCUUGGUUCCCACUCUGUUGCUGGUGAAGCAAAUGAAAUUGAUGAGCAGGCAUACAACAGGGAUAUACAGAUGCUGUUAAAGUCAGCUGGUAUGGAUGUCGACUGCAUUCAGGAAAUUCAAAGAGUGCUACCUGAUUUAGAUUAUGAGAGAUUGAAGGUCCUCAUAGAACACCUGUCAUCAGCGGUUGGAGUAACAAGAAAAGAGGACCUUGCCUUUAUUGAGAAGGAUGACUUGCAGCAUCUUUUAACACCAAUACAGUGCCUGAAAGUCAUCCACACCUUUAAACAAAGAGUGGACACUACUGCCAACUGCGUGCCAAAUGAACAGACAGGCCCAGUGCCAGUCACUACCUUGAACAUCGAAUUGAUUGAUGAACGUUCCCACCCAACACCAUCUUGUACACAGUCCCGCAAUUCUGGAUUAUCUUUAACAAAAACACCAAACUCAUGGACCCAUCAGUUUGAGAUUCCUUGGGACAAGAUGCCUACUUCACUCUCAGAGGCAAUAUUAAGAGGGCAUAGGGCUAACUCUGCAGACAGAAGAGCCAUGGUGAGAACUGUGGUGGCAGCUAUGCAAAAAAGCUGUCCAAAUCCCAAUAGGGCUGCCUGUGUAGAUAUAGCCAAAGUGAUUGUGUCAAAAUAUCCUUUGACCUUUGCAGACACAGAUGAGGAAGGUGAACAAUUAGGAAUAGGUUACUAUUCACUUGUUAAUCAACUUAAAACAAGAGUUGAACAUGUCAACCGCAACAAUGUAAGGGAAAGAAUGCGGAAACCAAGGGCAGUGACAGAAACUAGUGGUGGUAGCGCUACCUCCAAAACCGUACGAAGCAAACAAGACCGCUAUGGCUGCACAAAUUGGCAGCCAAAACAUCUACCAGAAGGAGAGACAGUUGAAUCUCUAGAAGACAGAAGACAAAAUAUGGUGGUCAUAUUUCAGUCUGCUGGCCCCAGAGCUGCUGACUUGCCAGAAAUUGACGAGUCAAUGAAUUUGACAUACAUUUAUCAACGUCACAUGAUAAACAGCUGCCCUCCCCCAAGUAUGAUUACAGUUGAGGAACAAUGGCCUUUUCUUUUUACAAAAAGAGGACUCUGUGCCCAUUUCAAAACUCUCACAGGUAUUGACAUUUGUGAUCGAGUAGGAGAGGCUCUACAAACCAAAGGAAAGAGGAUCAUACAUUUUUUUCAAAGAGGAACACAAAACAAAGACAUCCAGAUCCAGAGACUUUUACACGACAUUGACAAUGACACAACAGUCAUGCAGCAGAACCGGACCGGCAUAGCAGCAGUGCUGCUUCUGAUGAAGCACUUCCUUGAAAAAGAAGACUCCAUCUUUAUUUUGGCAGAUACAACUGCAACAAAGUCAUCCAUAGAGGAAGACACGAGUCUGCCAGCCACACCCAGACUAAUAAUGCUUGGGAACACGUUUCUUUCUGCAUCAAAGUGGAUGGUGAGCAUUGAUGGAAAAGUGGCUUAUAUUCUGGAGGAGCACCUGGGAUUCGCAGAUGCCUUUUCAGUAUUCUUUGCAAGCUUCUAUGUUUUCAACAUAGAAUACCAGGAGCAAGCCUGUGUGACACUGGAACUCAUACAACGAUUCUUCGUGAGGAUCAAUCCAGAGGAUGGAAGUAAGUGCACUGCUAAAACUGGAGUGAGCCGCAAGACUGGGGAAAUGGUAAACAGAAAAACAACAGUCAUCAACAGCAGAGUAUCUUCCUUCCUACGACACCUCACAGAGUUUGAAUGGAAAAACUUUGAUUAG